GCAAAACGAAGCGUUAAUUUGAUCGUGUCUGUAUUCGUGGUGCACAAUUAUGACACUCGUAAGCCUAAGCACAAUUACUAGCCGAUCUAAACCUCGACAAUUUUCAUUGAAUGUUAGCUAUGACAGGGUACAAUUAUUACUCCACGCGUUCAUUUCCUCCUGCCAAAGUGAAACAGUGCGUUAAAGUGCAUAUAAAUGGAAAAUUUUAACAGUUUGUCGAAGUCUUCGCAUCCGAAACAUGUCCGAUAGACACUGCUGGUUAGUGUUGGCUUCUAGUGCAAUGUGUUUUGUAGCAUGAGCGUAUCGGUGCUGGUAUCGUCUUUAGUGGUGUUAUUUUGCGUACAGUGUUUAAUCGAACAUAUUGAUGGAGCAAUGACCAUGAAACAGCUAACCAACUCGAUGGAUAUGAUGCGGCAAGCGUGUGCUCCUAAAUUCAAAGUUGAGGAAGCGGAGCUACACGGUUUAAGGAAAUCGAUUUUUCCUGCCAACCCAGAUAAAGAGCUCAAGUGUUAUGCUAUGUGUAUUGCACAAAUGGCAGGAACUAUGACGAAAAAGGGUGAAAUCAGCUUUUCGAAAACGAUGGCCCAAAUCGAAGCGAUGCUACCGCCCGAAAUGAAAACUAUGGCAAAGGAAGCGUUAACCCAUUGUAAAGACACACAAACCUCAUACAAGGACCCGUGCGAUAAGGCUUACUUUUCAGCUAAAUGUGCCGCCGAUUUUACCCCCGACACCUUCAUGUUCCCAUGAUGAAUGAACCCGAUAAUUGAUGAUCUGCGCCCAAAGGAAUAUAUAAUGAGUGCUAUAUACUGUUGAAACUAUCCGUAUCCUUCCCUUAUUAGAGAAUGUUUCGAUGAAGAUGUUUACUGUUUGUGUGUUUAGUUUGUGCACCAAUCACGGUUUGGAAUUACUUUAUAGGUAGUAGAUUAAACAAUAAAGCUUUAUUCAUUAAGAAUGAU